AUGUCGGUCGCUACGAUGCUCCAGCCGGCGUCGAGGGCCUCCAGGGCCUCGACUUCCUCCUCCUCUUCCUAUCAACCCGUGUCACGGCAGAACACGAUGUCUUCUCACGACACUCGGUCCGUCCGCCAAUCGAAGCGCAUCUCUGUCACUGCGUUGUAUCUGUCCAUGUCCGCGAAGGACAAGGAUCUUGAAAUUUCCGACGAUUUAGCCAAAGCCCAAAAGUACCUUCGUGAGCUCAAGGCCAAAAUCUCGUCGCAGUCGAAGAAGAAUUUCGUCCUCGAAAAAGAUGUCCGCUAUCUGGACUCGCGAAUAGCCUUGUUGAUCCAGAAUCGGAUGGCAUUGGAAGAACAAAACGAAAUGGCCAGCCGUCUUGAAGAUAACACGGAUCCCCAAGAGGGCUACUUUCCGAAUGACGAAAAGACCCAGAAAUAUGGCAACCUUCUCUUCCUCCUCCAAUCGGAGCCCAAACACAUCGCCCAUCUCUGCCGGCUCGUCUCCAUGUCCGAAAUCGACUCGCUCUUGCAGACGGUGAUGUUCACGAUUUACGGGAACCAGUACGAGAGUCGCGAGGAGCAUCUCCUGCUGACCAUGUUUCAAUCCGUCCUGACGUACCAAUUUGAUAACACGCCCGAAUAUUCGUCUCUUCUCCGCCAGAAUACUCCCGUUUCUCGGAUGAUGACCACCUAUACUCGUCGGGGUCCCGGCCAGAGCUUUUUGAAGCAAGUCCUGGUGGACCAGAUCAACAGCGUUAUAGAAGAUCUCAAGGAUGUUGACCUGGAGAUCAAUCCCUUGAAGGUAUAUGAGAACAUGGUCAAGCAAAUCGAAGAAGAGACCGGAUCGCUACCCGAGCACUUGCCCAAAUCCGUCACCGCCGAGGUGGCUGCGGAAAACGAAGAGGUGCAGAAGAUCAUCGAACCCCGGUUGAAGAUGCUGACGGACCUCGCCAACAAAUUCCUGACGACCAUCAUCAAUGGCCUCGAGGAGACUCCGUACGGCAUUCGGUGGAUCUGUAAGCAGAUCCGCAGUCUGUCCCGCCGCAAGUAUCCCGAUGCGCAGGACCAGACCAUCUGUACGCUGAUCGGAGGGUUUUUCUUCCUGCGGUUCAUCAACCCGGCCAUCGUCACUCCCCGUUCAUACAUGCUCAUCGAAUCGACGCCCACGGAGAAGCCGCGCCGAACGCUGACGCUGAUUGCCAAGAUGCUCCAGAACCUGGCUAAUAAGCCGUCUUAUUCCAAGGAGCCUUACAUGGCCAAACUGCAACCCUUCAUCCACGAGAACAAGGACCGAGUAAACAAGUUCCUGCUCGAUCUGUGUGAGGUGCAGGAUUUCUACGAGAGUUUGGAGAUGGAUAACUAUGUCGCUCUCACCAAGCGAGAUCUGGAGCUGCAGAUCACGCUGAACGAAAUCUACGCCACCCACGCCCUGCUGGAGAAACACAGUGAAGCCUUGGCCGCUUCGGACCAGCACUCUCACCUGCAUACCCUCUUGAAGGAGUUGGGACCGGCUCCGCCUCAACAAGUGGGAAACGUCGGUCGACGAUCUGACGGCGGCCUUGGAUAUCACGCAGGAAGAGGUCUACUUCAUGGAGGCCAAGUCGACCUUUGUCCUAUCCUGUGUGCCUUGCCUCCCAACUCGUCCGUUCUCCGCCGACCCCUGCGCCUGGACCGGAUUGCGGAAGCGGCUGCGACCCUCAAGAAUGAUGCCGUCAUGGUCCGAAAGGGAAUCCGCACCAUGGAGCUCCUCAGUCAGCUCCAGGAGAUGGGGGUCAUUGAUCGUUCGGACGAUUUCAGCUUGCUCCGGGAUGAGAUCGAGCAGGAGCUGGUGCAUCUCGGUUCUCUGAAGGAAAAGGUGCUCGAAGAGACCAAGAAGCUGGAGGAAGUGUUCCGCACCAUCCGCGAUCAUAACGCGUAUUUGGUUGGCCAGCUAGAGACCUACAAGUCGUAUCUACACAACGUUCGUAGUCAAUCCGAGGGCAAGCAGCGAAAGCAGCAGAAGAACCAAGAACUCGGACCGUACAAGUUUACUCAUCAACAACUCGAGAAGGAGGGCGUGAUCCGCAAAAGCAAUGUCCCAGAAAAUCGACGGGCCAACAUCUACUUUAUGUUCAAGAGUCCCACGCCAGGCACUUUUGUCAUCAGUCUGCACUACAAAGGGCGUGCAAGAGGCCUGCUUGAACUGGAUCUGAAGCUCGACGAUCUGUUGGAGAUGCAGAAAGACAACCAGGAAGACCUGGAUCUCGAAUAUGUGCAGUUCAAUGUGUCCAAGGUUCUGGCUCUGUUGAACAAGCGCUUUGCACGGAAGAAGGGAUGGUGA